CACCACCAUCCAACGCGCAGUCACAGCAUAUGCGGUCUGCGCAUCGAGCAAACAAUCCUCGCCGCUCGGGAUCGCCAGCCUAACAUUGCUGAUAGUUCAGAGCAUCAUUGGUACCCCCACGACCUUCACCCACCUCCGCUUGUCAUCUGCCCCACCCGGUCGAACACUUGGCCAUCAUGUCAACUGAGCGGUCAGCGCACCCGCUGCGCCCAUACUAUCAGCCAGAUGAGGAUCGAUCCGUCUUCAUCGCUUCUCGCCCUUCCGGUACCACAGCCCUGCCAUCCAGCGGGUCCACAUCCAAGGCUACCUCUUCGGGUUCAGCGCCCACAGCAUCUCGUGGGGCGGCAGUGAUAGGCUCCAGACCCUCCAAUCGUUACAUCCGCCCAGACGAUGACGAUCUCGCAGGCUUGCAAACAACAAGAGGUCCAUCAUGGUCAGAUGCUGCGCGUGGCCUGGUGCUUGCAGGUGCGCUGCAGUUCAGCUCGACUUGCGUCGCUAUGCCAUUCGAAGUGGGCAAGCUGCUGCUGCAGAUUCAAUGGGUGCCCAAGGAUGACGUAUGGACAGCGUACGUUCAAGCCGCGAAUGCCGAUGCAGCAGAAGCCAAGCGGAUCCUUUUGGCUAGUGCCAGAGCUAGAAAGGCGGCCGCAGAAGGAAGAUCAGCAGGCCUUCAGCACUCAGAGUGGGAUGAUGAUGACGAGGUCGCACCAGAGACGGAAGAAUGGCUCGACGAAGACACGCAUAGGCGUGAUUUUGGCGCUGACGAUGACGAGCUUUCGGAUGAAGAAGACGCCUCCGCCUACUUUGCUGAUUUGGCAACCACUUCUCAGCGACCAGCCGAGACCCCAAAGCGGCGCACGCUGCCUACAGAUGCGUCGGGCUACGUCGUACGGCGUAGCGUGCACCAGCAAGGGGGCGCCAAGCCUGAGCACGUACUGCCUGUCGUUGUGCGGGGGGGAGUGUGGGAGAUGAUCAAGGCUGUCGCGCGCGGCAAGGAGGGCUACUGGGGAUUGUUCAAAGGAGCGCUGACAACCUUUGUCUUCGACGUCGGGACCAACAUCUUGACGCCGAUCGUCACCGAAAUUCUUGCCCUAUUUGCCCCUUCUGCUCAGACCCCAUUGCCCCUCCCGUAUGCACCAUACCCGAGGAGGACUUUCUUGCUGCACCUCACCUCGCAGCUCAUCACCGGCUUUGCUCUAUCUCCGCUGGACUUGAUCCGUACCAGGCUCAUUGCUCAGUCAACUCUCGCUCCUCAUCGGAAGUACAAUGGUCCGUGGCAAGGACUCAAGCAGAUCUUGGAAGAGGAGGGUGGAUGGCGCACAGCAUACUUCCAUCCUAAUCUCUUCAUUCCUACGUUGCUCGACUUCACCAUUCGACCUGCUCUGAGCCUGGGCGCUCCAUUGAUCAUUGAGCAUACGUUGCGCCUUGAUCCCAAUACCUCACCGGUCGCUUAUGCGCUGGCUGACAUGACGCUAGGGGUCAUUGCACUGAGCGUGACGCUACCGAUCGAGACAAUUCGCAGGCGGCUACAGAUUCAGCCGCGGGCGCCUUGGGGUGCUGAUCCUCCCGCACCGGUUGGUGCACGCCCACCUACAGCUACAAACAUCGCCGAUGUGGGUCUCAGCCCGGGACGGAAGCCUUUGCGAGCUCUCAGGACCUGCGUCGAGACGCGCCCAAGACCUUAUUUGGGGGUGGUGGAAGCGAUCUACAGAAUCAUCACGGAGGAAACGUCUGCUUCGCCGGUACCUAGACACAAGAGGGAGCAGUCCACCGCUUCUACCACUGACAGUGGAAGCAACACCCCGAAUCCUCUUGCCCGGAGCUCUGUGCUGGCAAAGGGUGGGCAUUCCAGCCUCGGAGGCGUUCGGAGCCUGUAUAGAGGCUUUAGCAUGGCUGCAAGCGCUCAUGCGCUUGUCUUUGUUCUCACGCUCUUCAGCGCUGAAAGAGCUCCCCCCAGCGGAUGGGCUGAGAUUUGAAGCCGUAAGAUUGCUAGUUCACAGCCUGGCAUUUUGUACGCAAUUCGUUGUAACCUUUGCCUCGGUUCCUUCCUUGCCGCGGCCUCGAGGGCAGACCAUGUCACACUCAUACCCACCCCUCUCCCGAAUGCACUCGAUCAAUACCAUGAAGAUUACCAUGA